CAAAACCCUAUCCACUUUAAACCUCCAAACCCUUCCUUCACUCUCAGCUCUCUUCCCUCAAUCCCCCAACAAUGGCCUUGCCUAUCUCGGGCACGCGCCACCUCACGCGCUCCCUCCUGUCCAGUACCACCUCACUCGCACCUCCUAAUCUUCCUUCCUCCGUUCGCUGCGGUGGAUUCAGCUCCGGUCACGGUGCGGUUGGAUAUAGUUUAGCUUCCUCGACCCGGUUCACCUCGAUCCGUUGCCGAGCUAACCGGUCCGGCUCCGCUUACUCGCCGCUUAACUCCGGCUCCAACUUCAGCGACCGACCUCCGACGGAGAUGGCGCCUCUGUUUCCGGGAUGCGAUUACGAGCACUGGCUGAUUGUUAUGGAUAAACCUGGAGGCGAAGGGGCGACGAAGCAGGAGAUGAUUGAUUGUUACAUACAAACCCUAGCCAAAGUCGUUGGAAGUGAGGAAGAGGCGAAGAAGAGGAUCUAUAAUGUUUCGUGUGAGAGGUAUUUAGGGUUUGGGUGUGAGAUUGAUGAAGAGACAUCUACUAAGCUUGAAGGUUUGCCUGGCGUUCUGUUUGUGCUUCCAGAUUCCUAUGUGGAUCCUGAAAACAAAGAUUAUGGAGCGGAGCUGUUUGUAAAUGGAGAGAUAGUGCAGCGAUCACCAGAGAGGCAGAGGAGAGUUGAGCCGCAGCCGCAGAGAGCGCAAGAUAGACCGAGAUACAACGACAGAACUCGCUACUCUCGCCGCAGAGAAAACACACGUUGAGCUGCGACUGAAGAAAGAUAAUACGUAUCGAAUCGAAUUGAAAGCUAGUAGGAGGGUGGUGCUGAUGAUGCUGCUUCCUUGUUCCAGAACCUUGCAGCCAAUGGACAAAACUUUGGAUAUUGUUUGAAAUGCUUAGUUUUGAUUAAUAUGUAACAUUUUCUUUUGUUUGAAAUAAUGUAAAUUGAGGUUCCCUUACUCUUUUUAGAAAAGACUGGUAUAUUUAGGCAUUAAAAAUCGUUUUCUUAUC